AUGGAGUGUAGUACAGGAUUUUUCGAUUUUUAUCAACCAGCAAAACGUUUUAUACAAAUUUAUGUAAUAAAUAAUAUAAUUAAUAAUUUAUUAAAUAUAUUAUCUAUGUUAUUGGCUGGUAAAAGAUCAGGAAAACAAGCAUGUGAAAAUGUACAAGAUCUUAUGGAUUUAACUUGGGGUGCAAAUGAAAUAAUGAUUAUGUGUAGUGUUGUUCAGCAUGUGGAGGAUAUGGUGAUUGUAAAUGGUGUGAUAGAUGUGGAGAUGUAUUACAUGAUGAUAAUAAUUGUGGUGACUUUUAUAUCAAUAAAGAAGGAUAUAAUACAUGUACAAUGUGUCAAAAUUCAGAUCAUAGUAAUUAGAUUAAUGAAUGAAUGUAGAUAUAAAUGGUAUUUAUCAAGUAAUAUAAACAGAGAGAGAAUGGCAAUGGAAUUAUGGUCAAUAAGAAUGAAGAAAAAAGUAGAUGAACAUUUCCAAAUGUUAUCAGAAAUAUGUACAAGAGAUAAAUUUAAGGGAAAGGAAUUAAUAGAAAAAUAUGAAACAUUGUAUAUUGAUGAAAAAAGACUCUUUUGUACUGGAAAUGAAUAUGAAAUGUUCAAAAAAGACCCGAAAAUGUAUUAUGAGUUACAAGAAAUGGAGAAAAAUUAUUGUUUGGAAUCAAUGAAAGAAUUUAAAUGUUAUACCUAA